UGGUCCCUCUGGGAGGAAGCGCGCGGGGACAGCGCCGUUUCUGUUACGGUCCGCAGGCCGCGGGGUGAGAGGCCGCCGGCGCCAUGGCGCAGAGGGCCUUCCCGAACCCCUACGCCGAUUAUAACAAGUCCCUGGCCGAAGGCUACUUCGAUCCCGAAGGGCGGCUGACUCCUGAGUUCUCACAGCGCUUGAACAAUAAGAUUCGCGAGCUUCUGCAGCAAAUGGAGAGAGGCCUGAAGUCAGCAGACCAGCGGGAUGGCACCGCUUACACUGGCUGGACAGGUAUUGCUGUGCUUUACCUACAUCUCUAUGAUGUGUUCGGGGACCCUGCCUACCUCCAGAUGGCACAUAGCUACGUAAAGCAAAGUCUGAACUGUUUGUCCAAGCGUUCCAUCACCUUCCUUUGUGGGGAUGCAGGCCCGCUGGCUGUGGCCGCUGUGGUGUAUCACAAGAUGAGCAAUGAGAAACAGGCAGAAGAUUGCAUCACCCGGCUAAUUCACCUAAAUAAGGUUGAUCCCCACGCUCCAAAUGAAAUGCUCUAUGGACGAGUGGGCUACAUCUACGCUCUUCUCUUUGUGAACAGGAACUUUGGAGUAGAAAAGAUUCCUCAACACCACAUUCAGCAGGUUUGUGAAACAGUCUUAACAUCUGGAGAAAACCUAGCUAGAAAGAGAAACUUCACAGCAAAGACUCCACUGAUGUAUGAGUGGUACCAAGAAUAUUAUGUGGGGGCUGCUCAUGGCCUGGCAGGGAUUUACUACUUCCUGAUGCAGCCCUGCCUUCAAGUGAGCCCUGCCAUGCUACAUAGCUUGGUCAAGCCCAGUGUAAACUAUGUCUGCCAGCUGAAGUUCCCUUCCGGCAAUUACCCUCCUUGUGUGGGCGACAGUCGGGACCUGCUGGUCCACUGGUGUCACGGUGCCCCUGGGGUCAUCUACAUGCUCCUCCAGGCCUAUAAGGUAUUCAAAGAGGAACAGUAUCUCAACGAUGCCUAUCAGUGUGCUGAUGUGAUCUGGCAGCACGGGCUGCUGAAGAAGGGAUAUGGGCUGUGCCAUGGCACUGCGGGGAAUGCCUAUGCCUUCCUGGCGCUGUACAACGUCACGCAGGACGCCAAGUACCUCUACAGGGCCUGUAAGUUUGCUGAAUGGUGCUUAGAUUAUGGAGAUCAUGGAUGCAGAACACCGGACACCCCCUUCUCCCUCUUUGAAGGAAUGGCUGGGACAAUAUAUUUCCUGGCUGACCUCCUCGUGCCCUCGAAAGCCCGGUUUCCUGCAUUUGAGCUAUAGAAGGACAGCCUGUCCUGCAACUCAUGCAUGACCCUUCCUGUAUAUCAGACCUGAGCGAAAUGCUGUCAGUGCUUUUCAAUGAAACAGUCAAACUGUGUACUUGGUUUAGUUGAUUUUUUUUCAGAAUUUGUCUUUAGUUCACUUCCUUUUUUAAUCAUUUAUUUUUAUUUUAAAAUAUCCAAGGAAAUCCUUUAACUUUAACUUCACUUUCUUCCAAAAAAGAAGCUGGUGAUAUGUAUAAUAUUUUGAGGGCAUAUAUAUAUAUAUAUUUUAUAACUUGGAGGAAGUCUUGCUCUUAUUUAAGCUUAUGAGUAUAAUUGUCUGUUACUGUUCUAAAAAUGGUUAAAAGAAACUAAAUGUAGAUAA